AUGUGUCCACUUAUUCUACUGACCUGUUUGCUUCUGAGCACACUCACGCAAGCAAUUCUGCUUCCAGCUCCCCCUGGUUCAGCCAAUGUUCACAUUACUCAUUUUCCUCUGACUGACACGAGUCGAGUGGACCCAUUUGCACCAUGUUGCGACCUACCAAGACGACUGAUGGUGACCCUAUAUCAACCAGCAACCUGUGAACAGACCGAAACCAUUACUUACAUACCGCCGACAUCGGCGGCUGCAAUCAAAAAAGUAUUUAGUCCCUAUCUACCAAAUAUAAGCCUCGACAACUUCGAGCUACAAGUCUGUCCUGAGGCCGCAGUGGAAAAUGAUCUGCCACUUCUGUUCUUCACUCCGGGCUACUGGGCCCCUCGCGUGGUAUACGCUGUAAUGUUGCAGUGGGUCGCUUCGCUUGGCUUCAACAUACUUGCAAUAGAUCAUCCUUAUGAUGGAGCAAUCGUCGAGUACCCGGAUGGCAGUUAUGUCGAAUAUGCCAAUGUUACAAUCCCCGAUGAGAUCCUCACUUUACUCGCACCUCGCGUUGCAGAUGUCUCUACAGUAUUGAACGCGGUGACCAACAAUACACGUUGGCAGGAGCUUGGGGUGCCGGUACUCAGCACUGAGCGAAUGGCCGUUUUCGGGCACUCUUUGGGAGGUGCUACCGCGGUUGGUGCUUUGCUUGCGGAGCCUCGACUUAUGGCUGCCUGUAAUAUAGAUGGUGGUCUUUGGGGAGACGAGAUUACCACGGACAAUGAUCGUCCUUUUCUCCUAAUUCAUGCGGAAAACCAUCCAGCGUCUGAUACAUCUUGGGACGAGAAUUGGCCCUACCAGAAGGGACCAAAGUGGCACUUGGAGAUUAGUGGUACACGACAUAAUGCUUUAACCGACUUCUCAAUCCUGUCAACCCUCCUCGGGACGAAUCGGACCGAUCCGGCCGUUGAAGCAUUCAUUGGAACAAUAGAUUCAGUUCGUUUACUGAAGAUUCUGCGGGAAUAUAUUGCAGCGUUCUUCCAUGAAAUACUGGAAGGGACGGACGAACCGCUGCUCAGCGGACCAAGUAUGAGGUUUCCUGAGGUCUCAUUCCGGAACAUGUCAUCGGGUGGCGGCUAA